UCCCUGCUCCGCCUGCGCGGCCCAUCAGCUCCUCCUCCUCCUCCCCCUCCUCCUCCUCCUCCUCUUCCUCCUCCUCCUCCUCCUCAGGUUAGCAUCAGGGAGCUGUAUGGCAGGAGGAUGGCAGAGGACAACCAAAGGGUGGAUUAUCUGGCUGGGUUUUGCUGCCCAGUUGGGGGUCUGGCUGCAGGCAAACCCCGGGUGCUGUGCCAUGAGUCAGAAAUCUACCUCUCCAAUGGGAGUGAAUUCGUCUAUAUCUACAACCAAGAGGGAAAGCUGCUAAAUGCUGUAUAUAGGUUUCCUGAUCAAGUCUGGCAUCUGGAGCUCCUCACCUUACGUAGGGAGCUCUAUGUCCUGUGUGCUCGAAAUGGCAUUUACUGUUUGUCACUGGAUCCUCAAAACAGGUUGGUGAACCAGACUGAUGGCGAGGACAAAGAAGGUGAUUUCCCUUCAAGUGUGUUUCCUGUGGACUCAGACUCCUGUGUCUUUCCUGAUGCUACUCUGUGUGCUUUCACGGUGCUGAAUGACAUCCUUAUCACCCUGUCUCAGGGCCCAUCCAAGUGGAGGAUGAGACUGUUUGAGCAGCCCCAAGGCUCAGAUGAGGACUCCAGGCCAGAGAGCCGGUUCAGUGAGGUGGAAUUCUCUACCUGCAUUUUGCCAUCAGGGAGCAAUGGAAAACCCUUGGCCUCUCGCUUCCUCCCAGUUCUGUGCUGUGCAUCUCCUCCAGGCGCCAGUGUUCCUCACACAACUUGGUGUAGUUCUGGAGGUUUUGUGCUAGAGGAAACCCUCUUUGGUUUGCUAUUUGGAGCAGAUGCUGCCCUUCUGGAAUCUCCCAUGAUCCUUUGUGGUUUUCCAGAUGGUCAGCUGUGCUGUGUGCCUUUGAAGGCCCUUUUAUCUCCUGAGGUGGCUCUUGGUGGCCCAGAGACCCCUGUUAAGAUACUUCACCACUUAGAAGAGCCUGUAGUCUUCAUUGGAGCUCUAAGAACAGACCCAAGGAUCCAGGAAGACACGGAUGAGAAACCACUAAUUGAAGACACAAGCUGUGACUGUAUGGUAGCUGUUGGUCACUAUGGCAAAAUGAUGGCCAUUAAGUCCAGUCGGGAAGAAGGAGGAAAUUUGGUGCCAGAACUCAGAGAAUACUACAUCAGGGGACCAAUCCUCUGUGCUGCCUGUGGUGUUGGAAGCCGCAUGUAUUACAGCACCCAUUCUGAUCUUUCUGUGGUUGACCUGGCUUGUAAUAGCAACCCCUCAGACCCUGAGAAGAUAGAUAAUGUCCAGGGGGUCCUACCUUCAGUUCUGUCGCCAGCCAGUUUAAGUAUCUGUAGCGUUGUGACCCUUUCUGUGUCUUCUAGGGCACCUAAAGGUGAAGCAGAGCUGUUGGCCCUGUCUGCCAAGGGCCGAUUAAUGACCUGCAGCCUGGAUCUGGGUUCUGAGGAUUCUCGGUCAGUAAGGAUGACCACAGGAAAAGUGGGUCAAAAAAUUAAAGAAUUGCUCUCUGGAAUUGGCAAUGUCUCUGAGAGAGUGUCUUUCCUGAAGAAGGCAGUUGACCAACGGAACCGUGCCCUGACGUGCCUCAAUGAAGCCAUGAAUGUGAGCUGUGCCCUUCUGUCCAAUCGGGAAGGACCAAAGCCAAUUAAUUGUACCACUACCACUGCCUGGAGCCGCUUUCAACUCCGGGAUGUGCUGACAGCCACUUGUUUGCUUGAGAAUAGUAGUGACUACAAUCUAGACCAGGGGUGGACUUUUUGCAUUCAGGUGUUUACGAGUUCCUGUGCCUUAGAAGUGGAUUCUGUUGGCUCUGCCAUCACUUACACCAUUCCAGUUGAUCAGCUCACUCCUGGUAGUAAAAGGGAAGUGACAUUACCACUUGGCUCCAAUGAAAAUGGCAAACUAGACCUACCUGUGACCAUAUCCUGUGCACUGUUUUACAGCCUGAAAGAGAUUCUAGGCAGUGCUUUAACCUCUUCAGAUUCUCUGGAUGCCCCUUUUUUUGAUGAAUGCCCCCCUGACAUCCUGCCUGACCGGGAUGGUAUCUUCCUGCCCCUGGGUGAAUACACUGUGGACAUGCUGCAGUGCCUUCGUUUCCCUAGCCUUGCAGUGGCUGAAAUGCAAGUUCCAGGCCUUCCCAGCCCUACCAAUGACCCUGUGAAAACCUUUUUAGAUGCUUCUCGGGGGCAAGUAGAGCCUGAACAUAUGAAAAACAUCGAGCCAAUGGGACCAGACUUCCUUAGAGCCAAGUACCUUCCACCAUCAGUGGCCUCAGUCAAGGUGUCAUCUGAGCUGCUCAAAAAUGCUCUGAAGGAAUAUUGCUCAGAAGUCCCCCUGUGUUGUGCUACUCUCCAGUGGCUAUUGGCUGAGAAUUCCAUAGUGGACAUAGUGAAGACACAGGUGCUGACAGAAGUCCAGGGGGUGGCCCCAGAUGGAAACGACAUUCACCUCCUCGUUCGAGAGGUGGCCGUGACUGAGCUGUGCCCUGCAGGGCCCAUCCAGGCUGUGGAAAUCCAGAUGGAGAGUCCCUCUCUGGCUAACAUGUGCAGGGUGCAUCAUGCAGUGAUCAGACGCAUCCAGGUAAUGAUCAUGGACCAGGCUGCUCAGGGUUCUAACCCACCUGAUCUCCGUGUGCAGUAUCUUCGUCAGAUCCAUGCCAAUCAUGAGAUGCUACUCAAGGAGGUACAGUCGCUGAGAGACCGUCUGUGUGUUGAGGAUGAUGCCAGUGCUAGUGCUGCUGCAGAGAAACUCCUACAAGUCUACAAGCAGUUGCGCAACCCAAGCCUCAUCCUGCUGUGACCCUUGGCACUGGUUCUUCUGUUAAGCAGCUCUGCUAGAAAAUCUUCUAUAUGAUCCCUAAGGAUGGGAUUGAAGAUACACUCUCUGUUGAGAAGCCAAGCAGUGUGCAGUCAUAGAGGCUGUGGAAAUCUUCUGACACCCCACCCCCCAGGAUGGGGACGUCUGAGCCUGAUGAGGGCCCUUUCAUGCCAGAGAAAGGUUUCGAGGGAUGGAUCUGUUUUUAACUUUUUUGAUAUUACACAGCACCAGAGGGUCCGCUAGCCUCUCCCGAACAGGAACAUCUUAUCCUGCCUCGAGCAGAACUCAUCCCCAUUCCCACUCACAUCUCCCAUUCCCUGCCCAUUUGCUUCCCCUUUGGGUAAUUGAAGCUAAAGAGUGGUUGAGUGUUUCUGUCAUUCUUAGGAUAACUGCCCCAUGCAUGAAUGGUUCUUGAGCCUUGUACCCAUGGCAUGAUGAGAAUAGGUGAUGUAUAUUUUGUGUGUCGCCUGUGAGUGCUAGUUUAGCUUCUGAUGUUCGUAGCUAAGCAGUGGCUUUGUGUUUCACAGUGGAAAGAACCUGUCAUUUCAACCCACAUUUCAUAGUUCCCCGUAACAGUGGCCAGAAUACUAAGUAACUCCAUAUUUAGUGAUGUAGAAACUUAGGUCUCUAGCACUGAGUCAUUUUUCUGGGGGUCCCGUAGGGGUAGUACUCUGGCCAAAUGAAUGACUGCCAGUCUCCCCUGCCUCCCCUGUAUUUUCUCUGUACUUAGCUUCAGGCAGAGAUACCUGCCUGCUAUUUUCCCUAGCCUUACACACCUCCAAGGUCCAGGUGUGGGAUAGGUUUUUGGUUUUGUUAUUUAAUUACUUAAAAUAGAAGGGGGAAAUGGGAGGGGGAAAAACCCAGUGUGUUACCUUACCUGCAUUUCUUGCAUCUUUCUCUAGUGGUGGUUUCAGUUGGAUUCAUUUCCUUCCUGUUUAAAGUGCCGUUUAUAACAAGAAAAUUUCUGUGGCUGUUAACCUGUGACCUGUCAUGAGAAUGAUUCUUUUCUAUUGAAUGUCUUCAGGUCUUCCUUGCCUUUUCACCCUGCUCUUCCCUUUUUCCUGCUCCCCCCACUCCAAUAUUUGAUAUUUGGCAGCUCAGCCUGAAUUUCCACUUUCCACCCUCCCUCCUUUUCUCUUAGGCUUCCCCUUGAGUUUUCUGUGCCUCCCGAUUAAAGUACUGGCUGCCUGAAAAGUUACCACUCUGCAUGAAUAAUUAAGCCCCUUAGCUCUGCUCUCAGUGGUCCUGGGGGCCAUUAGGGAGACCUCUAGCACUUAGGGAUGAAGCCUAGGCAGAGGAAGCAAUCACUCCAGUGCCCUCAUUGUAUUGUGCAUUUCAUGCCCAUUACCAUAAAUCUGAGUGUUGAACUACUUGCUUCCCAAAGUAUCUAGUCCCAGGGGCCCAGGCAGGUGAAUGUAAUAGACUUCCCUGUACCCCACAACUCUGAGAGCACUGGGGGAACAGAAAAGGUCUGUGCUCCUGGAUCAGAAGGGCCUGGCAGUGCAGCCCAGAGUGGGGUGGGGAACUUCUCGUCUCUGUCUCACCCUGGAUAACUUGUGCAGAAGUGCCGGGUCCUCCUCCUUACCAUACUCCUGAGUCAGGCUCCCUCAAACUCUUUCUCUGCCCCAGAAAAAUUUGGAGGGAAUCUGUGAGUAGAAAGCUGCACUGUCCCCAGUUAUCCAUCUGGUGGUUUAGCAUUCCAGGGGAAGGGGAAUAAGGGGAGCUGGUCCAACUGGAAAGAGACGGGAGUCACCAUUCUGACACCGAUGAAAUCACAGAAUAGCCUGGGCCUUCUGAUAACUCCCGCAUCCACGUUUGCUUUGGGGACUGCAGCUGGCAAAGGAGGAUUUCCCAUAGGCAGAAAGCCCUCCCCAUUUGUGCAUAUUCACCACGGGGAGCCAGGCUCGACGGCCAGCACUGGCUGUUAGGCCAGUUUUUACUUGAACCACGGAGGGGCUCUGUCCUCCUUCCAAGAGGCUGGGACCACAAGGAGCUUCAGCUUUCUCAGUCAGACCAUUUCCUCUCUGGGUCUGGGUCAGGCUUUUUCUUGAGGGCUUCCUCCAUGUAGGCUCAGGUCUCCUGACUUGGAUCACACUUAAUCCCUGUUUGGCCAUAGCAGAAAUUUUGCUAGAGAAUAGAGGUUCUUAACUUCUUUUAUGCUGUAGACCAGGGCUUCUUAAACUUUUUCCACUUGUGACUCCUUUUCACCUGAGAAAUUUUUUCACGACCCUGGGUAUGUAGGUAUAUAAAAUAGGUGUACAAAUCAAACAUUUUUCGUGACCAAUUUUUUGUGACCUCCACAUUCAGUUAUGCGACCCAAUAAGGGUUCAUGACCCACGGUUUAAGAAGCUUUGUUGUAGACUCCAUUGGAAUUGUGAAGAAUCCUAUGGCUCCCUUCUCAGAAUCAUGCUUUUAAGUGCACAAAACAAAAUACAUAAGAUU